GGGCUGGUUCAGCUGCGCCAGGGACCUGCUGCGGGCAAGGGGCUGCUCCAGUCCUUCUGUGCUACUGGUUAACCAUUGACAUCUCUAUCAUUAAGGUGAGGGACCUUCAGUUUUCAUAUCUGCCUCAUGCUAAGAGGCUGAGUCCUUUGGCCAGUAGAUUUGUGGUACCUUUUCAAGCCCUUCAUUGGAUUUUGGGGGGGGGGGGAAAUGGGUGGUCCAGGCAAAUUCUUAUUGACUUCCCAGAGCAUCGGCUGUCUGUACUGAGCCAACUGUCUUUGGGACAGGGUUACAAACACCGCUUGCCUUUGCCUCUCUGCCAGCUCUCCUCAGCUUUCUCCUUUUCCCACUCAGCCUCAAUGUUAUGAUGGUGAAGAAACUAGUAGCAAGGUCUGAAGCGAAGGAAAUUCCACUAUUGUCCUUUGCUCCAAUUCAGAGUUACAGAUGAAUGCAGACACAGCACGCUUAAAACUGUUUUGUGUUUUAGUGACUAAUGGUCGCGAAAGGUGACAGCUUGACGGUCCAGAAGACUAAAGUCCUUUGUCACUAGAACAGGCGAUUUGACUCCUGCACCCUCCUGUGCUGCGGCAAUGACGGGGAAAUCCCUGCUCUUAAAAGUCAUUCUCCUGGGGGACGGCGGAGUUGGGAAAAGUUCCCUCAUGAACCGUUAUGUCACCAACAAGUUUGACUCGCAGGCUUUCCACACCAUAGGGGUGGAGUUCUUAAACCGUGAUUUGGAAGUGGAUGGCCGUUUCGUGACCCUCCAGAUUUGGGACACCGCAGGGCAGGAGCGCUUCAAGAGCCUGCGAACGCCCUUUUACAGGGGAGCAGACUGCUGCCUGCUGACCUUUAGCGUAGAUGACCGCCAGAGCUUUGAGAACCUGGGCAACUGGCAGAAGGAGUUUGUCUAUUAUGCAGACGUGAAGGAUCCCGGCCACUUCCCAUUUGUGGUCCUGGGCAACAAGAUCGACAAACUUGAGAGGCAGGUGACCACAGAAGAGGCCCAAGCAUGGUGUCUGGAAAAUGGGAAUUACCCGUACCUGGAAACCAGUGCCAAGGAUGACACCAAUGUGGCCGUGGCCUUUGAGGAAGCCGUGAGGCAGGUGCUGGCGGUGGAGGAGCAGCUGGAGCACUGCAUGUUGGGGCACACCAUUGACCUACACAGCAGUUCCAAAUCAGGGUCUUCCUGUUGUUAGGAGUCACCUGAGGGUUGUCCCCAAGGGUGGAUUGUGCAAAUGGCUCUGGGUCAUGCUGAGAUCUGCAGACAAAAAGGACGAUGGGGGCGGGGGGGGUCCCUGGCUGUAGGAGGUGCAGCCUUUCUAGCUGACUGACUGUUCGGAGUCUUCGGGUGUGAAGAAAAUGGUUUAUGGGAGGGGUCUAACCAGGUGUGUUUGGAAGCAGGUCUCCCCCCUCCCUUCCUUCCUUAAUCCAAUCCUUAGAUGUUAGAAUCUGAGAGGGUUGCAAAUCGUGGCCUGUGCCAAGAUCUAUCCCCACAACAAGCCUUGUGGAGCUCUAGACAUUCCCCAGGUUGUUUCAUUCCUGAACUGAAAAGUCCGAAGCCCGCUACGCUCUGCUGCACCAUACCACUGCGUGCUGCCAAAGGAAGGGUGGAUCAGUUUGCUGCACAGUAGCAGGAAGAUUUCAACCUUGAAUUGUUGUGAGGUUGCCAAAUACUGUAAUGGACACACGGAGUUCUGUUGCGUGGGCUAAUCCCCUGCCAUCCUGAUGUGCCCCAGUCUUUCGGACUCUCAAAAGAAACUUGCUGCAGAAGGAUUCCAUGAGUGAUCACACUGGGAAGUAACAGUGGAAGAACAAAGCAUAGGGGAGUGGAGUGUUUUUAAAUAUUGCAGCCUUAGUCCUAGCCAGCUGCCUACUGUGGUCAGUUGUCUUCCCAUAUCUAACUUGGCUGCAUAGGGAUGUUUCUUUCAUAGUGUGACUUGGUUCCGGGUGCCCGUGUUUUCUAGGCUCAACACUAGAUGGAGCUGCUCACCUUUUGGGUGACACUGAGCGAAACCCGCCUCGCCCCUGGUCCCAAUGGCUUGCCUGUGAGGAGAGCUUUAGACUGACUGUGGAAGGCCUUGGAGACUGAGUGAACCUUUCACAAGUCCUGCUGCCAUGUGAUUGCCAACAGACCAGGGCCCUAGCUGCAGGCUCCUUCACUGUGGGUGGACUCCUAGAAGUGCAGAUGACUGGUGGCCAGUAAGGCCCCCUGUUUGAUAAGUGUGCUUGGGUAGCAGGCCUGGUCCUGACUCUGUUUUGUUAGCUCUAGGGUCACGGCCUCAAGCCCCUCCGCACUCAGCUCCUUUAAUCUGGAUGCUGCGGUUCUGAAUCAAUCAAUCUGGGCAGCCUCAGAAUGGCUGAAAAACAACAUUUUGUCGAGCAAACGUCUUACAGGGGCUUUGCUAACCCAAGGGUGUGGCCUGCUGGUGGCUACCAGUCUCAAGCUACCAUCUGCAGCAGAGGGGUCAGUGCAUUCUGCAAAUUUACGCUCUGCUGGUCCAAGACGAAGUUCUGAGGACUCUGUAACUGUAGAGCAGCCUGUCCCAAGGAGAGCAACCCUGCAGUCAUGUCAGUGCUGAGGAAUGGGGCCAUCAUGGGCUCUGUUGAUCCCGCGUAAGACUCGAGGGCAAGUCUCACAGCUCAAAUAUAGCAGCUUGGUUAACUUUGGCUCUUGCAGCUGAGAGAUUCCACCGUGACGCUGGACGGUGUUAGUGUCAGUUGCUUCCGGACUCCUGCUCAGCCGGGUGAGCGUGGACUUGCGGGGACGCGGGAUCACUCUGCCCUUGCUCUGCAGGGCAGGAAGGUGGAAGUAAUGAUGGCUGCAAAGGUACUACAAGAGUGGGGCUUGGUUUUAGUCAUGUUGCACACCCAUCACUCGCAUCAACAGAAGUGGGCAAUGCUUGAUGCUUUGGGAAAACCAGACCCAUAGUAUUUGCGGGGGAUCCCUGCGGUCGCCUGGCUUCCACAGGUGCCCUACAGCGUUACUAAGGGCCUCGCCUUCAUUGUAAUGGGACUCGAUAAUUCCAGUGUAAAUGCUAUGGCCCAGAGUCUAAGUGUAGACAAAUUGGGGAACCUGAAAAAGCAUUCUAGCUGAGCCAGUUUCUAAGGUAAAAGUUAGUGCAGAUGGGGCAACAGGUGUUAGAAUACUUGUAAAGUCAUAGCGAUGGAGCCUAAAUGUAUUUGGUCCAACUAGGUCAGAUGUUAGUUGAAUCCCCUUUCUUUGUUACCAUGCUAUUUUUCCAGCCUAGUAUUCACAUGAUCUAUAUGCGCAUUGACCCUUCCAAAGAGUGCAGUGACUGUGAACAAGCUGUGAUAUGUGCGGGACGAUGCACACCAGGGUAUAUUCCUGUACUUUGGGUGCUUGUUGAAGCUUAUGGCUGAAGCUUGAAAGCCUUCACCAUAUGUGACCUGUGUAUAUAGGUUAAUUGUCUGUAUAACCCUGGAGUGUGUCAGUGUCCUUUGUUCAUUUUUAACAAGCUGUCUGGUUUUUUUUAAAGAACAAGUAUUUUAUUAGGCCUGUGUGUGUGUAAAUUCAGUUUUUAAAAACAAGAUUAGUAUGUUCUGUUUGUGUUCAUUUAAUUUAUUUUCAACCCACGCGCGCACAAUUCCUGGGAGAGCCAGGCUUGUGAAUUCUUCAUUAAAGGUUGAUUGCCAACAGCUUGCCUCGCCUGGCCCUCCUUGACACACUGUUGCAAUCGCUGCUGCUGCUAAAGAAACUGGGAUUGUAAAACCGAUCGUUUACCUUGGUUUUAACCAAUAAAACAUGGUUGUAUCCAGUGACUGGUCAUGUGGAGU